AUGUCUCCACGUGCAGUGAUCAGCUUGCUGGUGGUUUGCCUCUGUCUGGCCUCCACAGAAGGACGAGCAUUCAAAAAUGAGAAAGCACGGUUCAAGCGACAAGCUGGAAGUAGAUGUGUUGGGGGCGUGAGGGAAGAUCUCAUUGGAGAGAUAGAGUUUGGCUCUGGUCAAUACCAAAACAACGAAGACUGCUGCUUCGAGCUCCGUCCUUACUUUGGCGGUUCUUUCACGGUCGAUCUGGAGUUUAGUGUCUUUGACAUUGAGCAAGGUCCUAGCUGCAGUUAUGACUAUGUUACCUAUGGAACAAGUGACGGUAUUACCGAGAUCGACUGUGGCACGAAGGAUUUCGGAUACAUUAGAUCGUUAUCUGAAGAAAAUAGUUCUCUGCCAGCCUUAAACUACAGCACCACUCCAUCCUUGAACGUGACAGCCUCGCCUUCCCUGAACUACAGCACCGCUCCGUCCUUGAACGUGACAGCCUCGCCUUCCCUGAACUACAGCACCGCUCCGUCCUUGAACGUGACAGCCUCGCCUUCCCCGAACUACAGCACCACUCCGUCCUUGAACGUGACAAACUCGUCUUCACCGAAUUUUACCUUUCCCUACAACAAUGCAACAUCUUCUCCCGAAACUACCGGAAAUGAAUCUCGGGGUGUUCCCAGGAGCCAUCGCAACUGCACCUUCUCUACCCGGGCUGACCAUGGCAUGAUCCAGAGCCUGCCUGGUACAGGGGAGGACUACCAGAACAACCUCAACUGCAGCUACGUCUUCAAUGUGCCCAGGAACAGCAGUAUUCACUUCAACUUCACCACCUUCGACCUCGAGGGCGGUAAUGGAUGUCCCUACGAUUAUGUUCAGAUCAAUGGUGGACGAAGAUGGUGUGGAAGUACCAUUAACGGGAGGCAAGUGAACGGAACUGGUGAGGUUGUGCUGAGAUUUGUCACCGACGGUUCAGUGACAAGCAGAGGUUUUGUUGCUCGCUUCAACAUCAGGAUGGGUACGAUACACUUCUGA